AUGAGUGAUAAGCGCGGUUUCCGUGUUGAUGAGUUAUUAUCAGAUGAUAAUAGGAACACCACCUCACACGAGAAAAAGCGCUCUACCGUACCUGUAAACAGUCCGAGAAAAGCCCGUCGUGUUCGUACUGCGUUCACUUACGAGCAGCUUGUAGCACUGGAGAACAAAUUUAAGACAUCACGAUACUUAAGCGUUUGUGAACGAUUAAACCUUGCCAUCCAACUACAUCUUACCGAAACACAGGUAAAGAUUUGGUUUCAAAAUCGUCGUACAAAAUGGAAAAAGCACAAUCUGGGUAUGGAUGCAAACUCAUCACCGUCACCGACCGACAGUCAAACUUCAGGCAGCGUCAUUUCGGAAGAGAUGGUCUCAUCCAGGCUGCCAUCUCUACCACCGCCAACUACUGUGAUACCAUUCACUACGCCAUUACUGUCAAUGACUGCUAUUCCUCAUAUCGCCACCGCUUCGAUACCAUUUCAUUUCUACACGAUCAAUACCACUUCUCCGAUGAUUAUGUCAUCACAACGACUACCGUUUCUCAUCUAG